AUGUCACCUUCUCGGCCUCUCGAGCCGAUUGCAAUCGUCGGAAUGGCAUGCAGGUUACCAGGAGAUGUUAACAGCCCCGAAGAUUUCUGGGGUCUCUUGAUUGACGGUCGAGAUGGCUAUUCUGACUUUCCUUACACGAGACUAAACAUUUAUGCAUGGUUUGAUCAAGACGCCGCCCGUUCAGGAUCUUUUGUCAGCAAAGGAGGAUUUUUCCUAGAGGAUGAUCUCGACAGCUUCGACAAUGAUUUCUUCAAGAUCUCAGCUGUUGAGGCUUCUACCAUGGAUCCUGCUCAAAAGCAAAUGCUCGAGGUCGCCUAUGAAGCUUGUGAAAGAGCUGGAGUGUCAUUGGCCCAUUGA